CAAUUCCAGCUCCUCUUCCAUUGCAACUACAAUUUCUGAACACUCACACUAUCCCUUUCCCCCACAUUCUCCAUCCCUAAUUCACGGAAACAACCUUAUCUUCUCAAGGUUGGUCUCUGAGAAGAUCCCUCUCUGGUUCUUGUGGCAAAUGGGAGGGCACUCCUGCUGCUACAAGCAGAAGCUGAGGAAAGGCCUCUGGUCUCCUGAUGAAGACGAGAAGCUCAUCAAGCACAUUUCCAAGCAUGGUCAUGGGUGUUGGAGCUCCGUCCCCAAACAAGCAGGUCUCCAAAGGUGCGGAAAGAGCUGCAGAUUGAGGUGGAUAAACUACCUGAGGCCCGACCUCAAGCGAGGCACAUUCUCGCAGCAGGAAGAGGACCUCAUCAUUGAGCUCCACGCGGUUCUGGGGAACAGGUGGUCGAAGAUUGCAGUACAUUUGCCCGGAAGGACCGACAAUGAGAUCAAGAACCUUUGGAAUUCCUGCAUCAAGAAGAAGCUGAGACAGAGAGGCAUCGACCCCAUCACCCACGAGCCGCUUGCGGAGGUCGAUGGUAGUGACGACAAAUUCCCCAUCAAUAGCGAAAAGAACAACUCCGGCUCCAGCGGACUCCAAAUCCCGGCAAACGCUAAGCUCACGAUGCAUGUGGGCAAAUCCGUGGACGAGAGCACAGCCUCAAAGAGUUCAUCGACGCCAACCAAAGAAUUCCUUUUGGAUCAGUUGCUCGCCACCCAUGAGAGCCCAUCGACCUGCCGCUCCUCCAAGCCAACCAGCUAUUUCUCGCUUCCGCUGUUGAGCUUUGCUCCUGACUACACCAGCGGUCAGACCACUUCGGCCGCUCCGCCCAUCUGCUCGAAGCCGCUCCUCUGGUCCAACCAGACCGCACGGCAGCUCGAUGCCAAUCCUGGGUUGAGCUGCAAUGCGAUGCCCUACAUUCUGUCCACUUUGGCGGUUGACCCACCGAUCUGCGAGGGAGAUGACAGUGUCUCGAAUUGGUACUCCGGCAAUUGCAGCAAUAGUCGUCGGAGCAGCGCAGUAAAUGACAGCGGCGGAGUCAUGCUGCAAAGCAGCUGCUCUUAUGACAGCGGCAUCUUCCCCUGGUCGGAACUGACGCCCGACAAAGACGUGCAAGUCCAGCUCGGAGGCGAGGCCGAGGACCUCAGAUGGUCGGAGUACCUCCACGGCGCAUUCCCGGUGUCCUCAGCGAUGCCGACGCAAAGCCAACCUCUGUUUGGCGACAAAAUCAAGUCGGGAGGCCAAUUCACCUUCCAUGGUUUCAGCACCUGGCACCAGACGCAGCAGCUCCAGCCGCAAUUACCUCCUUCAGACACAAGCGGCAAAGAUUUCCAGUCUGUGUCUGCGGGAUUCGAAUAAGUUUAGGUUGUGAUAAGAAACAAAGGUCGAACAAUAAAUCCUCCAUAGUCAUAUACUUUUUCUCAUUCAUACAGGGCUGAUGUUGCAGCAACUUCAUCAGCCCUCUUCAUCCGUGUACAUGUUCGUAGUUGGGAGUCUUUUCGCUGUGUUCUUCAA